AUGAGCUGAAGCUCUUCUUCGCGUCAACCAAAAGAGGAAGCCGAAAAUAAUACAUCCGCCCCUGGUGACUGCAGUCAUCUAAACCCUCCACCAAUCACGGCGGCGCGUGUACUAUCCUGAACUAUCGACCUAUCUACUCCGCCACUUAAUUGGGCAACACAGAGGUUUGCAACCACAGCUCCACCGUUUUUACUAUGAAUUUUGAGGAUGAAGACUUUGAACUGAGAGAGAUUCAGAGGCUUGAAGGCCACACCGAUAAGGUUUGGAGCGUCGCUUGGAAACCGGCUACCGGAAUCAAUGGUAUUCCAGCUGUAUUCGCUUCCUGCAGCGGCGAUAAAACCGUACGAAUCUGGGAAGAGAACUCCACAGGCUCUUUCCAGUGUCAGGCUGUUUUGGAGGAAACACAUACGCGGACUGUUAGAUCAUGUGCAUGGUCACCGUCAGGCAAAUUUUUGGCAACAGCUAGCUUUGAUGCCACCACUGCUAUUUGGGAAAAUGUUGGGGUUGACUUUGAGUGUGUCUCCACUUUGGAGGGUCAUGACAAUGAAGUGAAAAGCGUUUCUUGGAAUAAUUCAGGCUCACUGCUUGCGACAUGUGGACGAGAUAAGUCGGUUUGGAUAUGGGAAGUGUUGCCUGGAAAUGAGUUUGACUGUGUUUCAGUGUUACAAGGACACACACAAGAUGUUAAGAUGGUUCAGUGGAAUCCAUCUAUGGAUACUUUGUUCUCAUGUAGUUAUGAUAACACCAUUAAGGUUUGGGUAGAGAAUGGUGAUAGUGAUGAUUGGCAUUGUAUUCAAACUUUGGGUGAAUCUAAUAGUGGACAUACAUCUACUGUCUGGUCUCUCUCUUUCAAUGCUAGUGGAGACAAAAUGGUUUCUUGCAGUGAUGACCUUACCAUUAAGGUAUGGACUAGCAAAAUGCAGGAAUGGGAUCAAAAUGCACCUUGGAAACAUGUCUGCACCCUAUCUGGAUAUCAUGAUAGGACAAUUUUCUCAGUUCAUUGGUCAAGGGAAGGAAUAAUUGCCAGUGGAGCAGCUGAUGACGCUAUAUGUUUAUUUGUUGAGAAUAACGACAAUGAGGUUGAGGGAACUACAUUUAAACUACUUCUGAAGAAAGAGAAGGCUCAUGAAAUGGAUGUAAAUUCUGUGCAAUGGAACUCUGGGGAUAGGAGGCUUCUUGCUACGGCCAGUGAUGAUGGGACUGUGAAGAUAUGGGAGUUGGUUCGUCUCUCUGGACAGAAGCUACUGUAAACAUAGCUCCACAGCGGAUAUUAGAAAGCAAUGCACAUCAUUUUCCGAUGUAGAAAAUAUAAUUUACAGUCAUUUCGAGCCUUUAUGAAGUCUUCCAGAAAAUGUUAGCUUUAGGCUUUAGAACUGUAUGUGGAACAAAGUGUUAGCUUUAGGCUUUACUGUGUGUGGAACCCUUCCAUCUUUUUAUCCAAUAACUUAAUUUCUCCAACAGUUUGGUUUUGCA